ACAGCUGCAAAAACACAUUGGUCUUCCUGGGAACAGAGCAGAGACGUUCAAACAGCCUUAUGGGAACCUGAUCUUACUCAUCUACAACAGACUUCUGUGUUUGAGUGUACUGAAGAAGAUUUGGAGUUAUCAAGUUGAUCUGAGGAGGAUCUCCUCUCUACUUGUGGCAGAGUUUGUUUCUGGGUGGUCAUUUUUUUAAUACAUCAGAGGAACCACAGGAACAACCUCACAGAAACAGAAGUCAAAGAAGAUGGGGAUCUGCCCCAUUAGAUGUCAAUCCAAUGUGACAAUAUUAGAGAACUCACCAGAACCUUCAGCUCAAGCCCACCAUGAGACCAUGAUUGUAUCCCUCUGUAACUACCCUUCUUUUGAAAACACAGAAUUGACCAUGUGCAUUGGAGAAAGACUCACCGUCAUAUCAGAUGAUGGGGAUUUUAUGAUGGUGAGGUCCUCCACAACAGGCUGUGAGAGCUACAUUUCCACCUGCUACACCGCCAAGGUGACAAAUGGGUGGCUGUUCACAGGGAUCAGCAGGUACAAAGCAGUGGAGCUGCUAAUGCAGCCUGAAAACCUGAGUGGAGCCUUUUUGAUCAGAGAGUCGGAGACAAACGCAGAUGGUUACUCGUUGUCUGUCCUGAGGAGAAACAACUCUUCAUACAUGGACUGUGUAAAGCACUACCGCAUUUACAACCUCCAGAAUGGCUGGUUCUAUAUAUCUCCAGGACUAACCUUCCUCUCCCUGCAACACCUGGUGGACCAUUACUCAGAGUGUGUAGAUGGACUUUGCUGCCGGCUCACAGGACCGUGCUUCAUCAAGGGUUUUAACAACGCCAGAGAGGCCAGGCCGGUACCAACAGCUAUACGGAGGCCAACUUUGAACUGGAAGGACAUAAGCAGGUCGAUGAUCAUGAGGAGGAAACGAACAGAGUCAGACUCAAACUCUCUGGUGAGCGAGGGGCUAAGAGAAGCCAUCACUUCCUACCUCCAAAUGACAGAGGGCAGCAAUCACAGCUGGGACACAUGAGGAAAGACUGGAUGAGUCGUUGAGAAGGAACUCAGAGAAAUGAAGUGUGGUUAUACAUUGUUCUGUCCCAUCUGCAGCGUGAAGAAACCACUGGAGGAGGUUGUCUGCACGCCCAAAUUGACUCCAAAGACACUGCUGUGGUAUUAGGAGGGCUGAGACACUACAAUGUCCGACACACAAUAUGUCUGCAGAGAGGAGGAUUUCUGUCUCCAAAGAAGAAACUGAAAGUCAUAGAUACAUGGGUCCUCCUUUACUUUAAACAAUUGAAUGUUUCUCCAAAGUUGUCACCUAUCAUGCUGUCUAAAGAUCCUUAGACAUUUGCAGUAAAAUGCUGCAGAUGUUUUAUCAGUCUGUGGUGGCAAGUGUGUUAUUCUAUGCUGCAGUCUGCCGGGGAAGUAGUAUAAAACACAAGGAUGCGAGGCGA